CACGCGUAUCUUCAUCGCGAGUUAAACCGCCUAGAUCAACACAACCAGUAUAAAUAUCCAUUAGAACCUAGAAACUAUCCAUCCAAAGCGAAGCGAAGGAGAAAAAAGUGUUCCUUAAGAAAAGCUUGGAAUUUCGAAGGCACCGUGCAAACCCUAACCCUAAUUCCUUAUUUGUUCAUUUGAUUUAAUUCAGUCAGCAAAGAAGAGAACUGGAAAGAGGGAUUUGUUAAUUUAUUCAUCUGUAUCAGAUUUGAAUACUUUGAAUAAUGUCUGCAAUAGUGUGCGGGAAGAGAUCUUUCUUCGAAGAGAUACUAACAACGUCAUCGCCGGUGUUGGGAUCACCGCCGGUUUCCAAGAAACGUCGCUGCUCUUCCACCACCUCCCCGGUUCAGUUCUCCUACUCGCCGCCGAGGAGUCUUUUCGAUGAAUUCAAGGCUUCGUUUCCUGAUAUGGAUAGUGAGCUCCUUGAGAAAGUUUUGGAAGAAUCUGGCAAUAAUUUACAUGCUGCUAUCAAGAGCCUGCAGGGGCUUCGUCUUGGAUAUGCAGAAGGUGCAGAGGACAACUCGAGUUUCGCUGAGGAUGUAAAUGCAGGCAUGGAGAAAGGUUCGACACCAUGUGUCGGAGAUGCAGUUCUUUUGGAGGACUCUCAAGUCCAGAACAAUCUACCUAUGGAUGGUGCAGAAUGGAUUGAGUUGUUUGUGAAGGAGAUGAUGAGUGCCACUAGCAUAGAUGAUGCUAGAUUCCGCACAACAAGACUGUUGGAAGGUUUGGAUAAAUCCAUCAGUUCUAGAAUUGGUUCUGAAGCUGCUCAAAAUUUUCAGAAGGAAAACAUGAUGCUGAAGGAACAAAUUGAGGCACUUCUUCGGGACAAUGCCAUUCUCAAACGUGCUGUUUCCAUCCAGCAUGAACGUCAAAAAGAGUACGAUGAGAGUAACCAAGAGGUGCAGCAAUUGAAGCAGUUGGUGGCUCAAUAUCAGGAGCAGUUGAGAACUCUUGAGGUGAACAACUAUGCCUUGAUAUUGCAUUUGCGUCAGGCUCAACCGAGCAACUCCAUCCCGGGACGUUUUCAUCCAGAUGUAUUUUAAUAAAGAACGAAAUUUAGCUACAUAAGCAUAUCUGUUUAGUCUCAUAAAGGGUGUUCUCAUGAAGCAUUGUAAGCUGAUACUGUUCAUCAUCGUAAGCAAAAUUUAAUAACUCUGAUUCCGUCAAAAAGUUGUUGGAGAUAUUAGUUCGCCUUCGAGUUUUGUGCUUAUGUAUUUUGUAGUGUUUGGAUUCUCAAUGGAUGAGUUGAGCAUCGGGUGGGUUGAUUUGGUUA